GUAACACAACUUCUUCGGGUCUUGGUUCCAGCUGGGGCAAACAUUGUUGAGGUUGAAGCGUUUGCAGGUGUCGCAGCAGCUACCAUACAGUCGGUUAUGCUUCUUUGCCCCUUCGCUUCCGCUCGUAUGGGCGUCCUUGCAGAGCGCGGAUUCAAUGAGACCGCUCUUCAACUUGUUCCAGAACGCAGCGUCGUUGACUUUUCCUCUAAGCCAUCUGGAGAAGGCCCU